GAUCUUCCUAGCAUAUUAGCAUUGGUUUUCCUCCCCUUACUUAUAUUCCCUGGAAGAUAAAAUUAUCUGAAGAGACACACAACUCCAGUUUUAGAUUAGUUGAAGGUUUAGUUAAACCAGUAAUUAACAACAAAAGGUAUGACAACACAAACAGAUGAUACACAUGACAAACCUCAUGUCUGUGAGGUAUGUUGUAAAGGCUUCAGUCAGUCGGGCAGUUUAAUGAAACACAUGAGAAUACAUACAGGUGGUAAACCUCACACCUGUGGUGUAUGCGGGAAGGGCUUUAGUCGGCUGGGUAAUUUAAAGACUCAUAUGAGAACACAUAGGAACAAACCUUAUGGCUGUAAAGUAUGUUGUAAAAGCUUUAGUCAGCUGGAUGAUUUGAAGACUCACAUGAGAACACAUACAGGUGACCAACCUCACAACUGUGGUGUAUGCGGGAAAGGCUUUAGUCGGCUGGAUAAUUUAAAGACUCAUUUGAGAACAAAUAGAAACAAAACUCAUGCCUGUGAUGUAUGCAGUAAAGAGUUCAGUAAGCCUUGUAGUUUAAACAUUCACAUGCUCACACAUACAGGUGAUACAUUGCAUGUAUGUAAAGUAUGUGGUAAAGGCUGUAGUCGGCUCGGUGGUUUAAAGACUCACAUGCGAACACACACAGGGGAUACACCUUAUGUGUGUGAUGUAUGUGGUAGAGGCUUUAGUCAGUCGGGUAGUUUGAAGAAUCACAAGAGAACCCAUACAGGUGAUAAACCAUAUAUCUGUGAUGUCUGUGGUAAAGAAUUUAGUCGGCUGGAUAAUUUAAAAGAUCACCUGAAAAAACAUGUGGGCGAUAAACUUUAUGGCUGUGAUGUGUGUGGAAAAGGGUUUGGUCGGCUGGAUAAUUUAAAGAAUCAUAUGAGAACACAUACGGACGAUAAACAUCAUGACUGUGAUGUUUGUGGUAAAGGGUUUAGUCAGCCUUGUAGUUUGAAGAAUCACAAAAGAACACAUACCGGUGAUAUACAUGUACCUUGUGAAUGUGAUGUAUGUGGUAGUGGGUUUAGUCGUCUUGGUAAUUUACAGACACACAUGAGAACACAUACAGGUGAAAAACCUCAUGCCUGUGAUUUAUGUGGUAAACAGUUUAGUCAGUCGAGUAGUUUUAGUCGGCUGAAGGAUUUAAAGACUCACAUGAGAACACAUACAUAUGAUCAACCUCAUGACUGUGGUGUAUGCGGUAAGGGCUUUAGUCGGCGUCAUUAUUUACAGAUUCACAUGAGAAUACAUACAGGUAAUAAACCUCAUUCAUUCGACGUAUGUGGUUAA